AUCAAUCGAGGGUCCAUCUCAGCUUAGAUGCAGUUGAUUGACGGGAUCGCUGCAACACGGCCACUGUAUAUAUAUGAGCAAGGUACUUCCGGGCAAGGUGGGCAUCAACUCAAUUCAACUCAACUCAACCCAACUUAUGCAAAAAAAGGCCCAACUCAACCCAACUUCACGGCCGGGUUGAGUUGGUGAGUUGAGGUACAUUGAGGCCAAGACCCCUGGAAACUCCUCGUGGCACCAGUCUGUUUUGGUGUUCGUGCCAUUGCCCAACAGUGGCAUUCGGCAGCGGAUAAACCAUGUAUCCGAAGAAAACAGGGCAGCCAAAGUGCCCUCCUGCUUUUUCGGCGCUUUUUGGUGGUGUUGCAGGCCAAUCUAAUCUUCCCCUGCCGCACGUACCUGGGAGGCAAGCCGACUGCGACCUUCCUGUCCUAAUUUACCAAUGGAAAGUCAAGAAAAUCAUCGGAGAGGAAGUCAUGGGCGGAGUGAGGUACUAUUUGGUCGAUUGGGAACCGACGCUCGAGCCUGCGUCCCAUGUGUCCAGAGACCUAGUAAGGGUUUGGAAAGACCAGAAGGCAAAGAUGCAGGCUCCGGGAGAGAAGAAAAGUCGUGAUUCUGGAACCAAGAAGGCCACGGAUCAGAGCAGAGUAGAGAAACGUCAUGGAGGGUCACGGAGAGGCGAGGGGGUGCAAUUCCCCUACAUGGAGUUUACUUGGUUGUUUGUAGUUAGUGCUUCAACUUGUUGCUAUUUUUUUGGUUCUCUACUCGAUAGCUCUCUUCAUUUCCACGGUGGGAUAUCCUCCUGUACUUAGUGAAAGAACCUCCCAACUAGGCAUUCAUAUUGCCCGUUUGGGCAACCUCGACGAUUUCUCAAUGCAUGAUUCAAACCGCCCUGCUGGGCAACUGCAAGGACACC